ACAUUACUAAACCGGGAAAUAAUUCGAAUAUUUUUAUAUGCAUGAUCGUCGUCUUAUUGGCAGGACGAUGAAAUGAUUCAAAAUGUUGGUAUUUUUGAACGUUUUUUUAAUUUUUUAUCAUUUUUGGGUAACGGAUUGACGGACAUCUGCAACGAAAGCAAAUUUUAUCGUCCUGAGAGGUGAUAUGUUACAUUUUGAAAUAAUAAAGUGAGAAAUUGAUAUUAUUCGGAACAUAUAUUUUUCUACUUGUCAGUGAGAUAUGAUCCGAGAUAUAGUAAUUUAGUGGGAAAUAUAUUACCAAUAACACAGAGCCCCUCGUAUGCUUUCAGCUCAUAUUGAAUUACUUUCGUAGCUAUUGUAUAACCAUAAUUAUAGCAAAAUAUGCAAUCCUACGACUUUGUGUCGGAUGAACAAGUUCAAUAAGCAGCCAUGGCGUACUGAUUACGUAGCUACGCAAUAGCGAUCACGUGUCUGGCGCCACGAAGACGGGACUACGUGCAGUCGAGACGACUUGCGUAGCAAAUCGCGUGAGAUGACAAUUUCGGAAAAUCGUGUUCUUGACAGAUCAACUGACGAAUUUCGAUGAAGCUUUAAACCUUUUUAUUAUGUCAACUUAGAGACACCGGAUGCGUAUAAUGAAUAUUGAAAUUGCAUUUGGCAAUACUUCAUUUGCACGCCAAUAUUAGUUCAAAUAUCCACACAAAUAAGUAUUUGCUCGCUAUAAAUACCAGAUUGAAUGAAAUGUUUGCCGAGGCAAGUAAAGACUUCGAAUUUCAUCGUUUACUGACUGAACCCACGAAUCGUUUACUGACUGAACCGAUGAAACCAUGAUUGCAUAUAAAGGAAGAGUUUCAUUCAGAAGAUAUAUGCCAAACAAACCGGUUAAAUUGGGCAUCAUUGCUAGAUCGAUUGCUGAUUCAACAACUGGAGACAUUUUCAAUGUAAAAAUAGAUUAUGGUAAUCCAAACUUGGAACAACUUCCACCCGGCGUCACAAAAACUUCGAAUUUAGUUUUGCAACUAAUGGAAAGUCGUCUGGAUAGAGGAUAUCACGUAUUUGUUGAUAGACUCUAUAACUCUGUCGCAUUAACCGAGGAAUUGCAGCGAAGGAAAACAUCGAUAACGGGAACAGUCACGGCAAACCGGAAGGGACUUCAGGCAGAAAUAAAAACAAAACUAAAGAAAGGGGAAAUCAUCUCAAUACGAAAAGGACAAUUACUCGCACUACUAUGGCAAGAUAAGAGGCCGAUUUCAAUACUUUCGACGUAUUGUAAUGGUGACGAGGUCAUAGAGAUACAUAUGUGUUACAGUUGUAUGAAUAUGCAAUGUGACUACUUUGUUUAUUUUGCAAUAUGUUAUCCUUGUGAGUGACAAUAAUUGGCCAUUAUUAAUGUUAUUGGAAUAUAUAGCGAAUGAAGGAUAUAUUUUUA